GUAGAAGGAGCUGCCUAUGUUGGCUCGUUCGUGUGGAAAUCUCGUAGUAUUGGCAUGUGGAACAACUCGCGUGGGGAGAACAUGCUGGACAGUGGAGCUCCAUUUUAUGACACGUACCAGACCUCUGAUGGGAAAUACAUGGCUGUCGGGGCUAUUGAGCCACAGUUCUAUAACCAACUCAUCCAUGGUCAGUUUUACUCAACUUUACUUUCACUGAUUGUCUUAUUUUCUUUCUCUCCUGCUUAUCUCUCCUGCUUCUCUCUCCUGCUUGUCUUUCUCCUGCUUGUCUUUCUCCUGCUCCUCCACCGCUUCUCCCAACUGUCCAGGCAGGCUGAUCAGCAUCUCUCUGCAGAUGAUCCCUCCUUCCCUCCCCUGGCAUACUGAGCACAUCUAACAGUCUGUCAUGUAUAAUGCAUAUUAUACACACACACACGAACACAUCAUGCACAGCACGAUAGGGCAAACAACACACACUAUUCUUUUUCAUGUAUGCAAACCGUCUUUCAGCUGUAAAAACCAUUUGCAUUUUAAUAACUGGACAGAUACAGUGCCUUCAGAAAGUAUUCACACCCCUUUACUUUUUUCACAUGUUGUGUUACAGCCUUCAUUUAAAAUAAUGAAAUUGAGAGAAAAAAACAAUUUUUUAACACAAGGCCUUAUCUACACUGGAGUUGCUUAUCAAGAAGAUGGUGAAUGUUCCUGUGUAGCCGAGUUACAGUUUAGACAAGUCUACUUGAAAAUCUAUAGCAAGACCUGAAAAUGGUUGUCUAGCAAUGAUCAACAACCAAUUUGACAGAGCUUGAAGAAUCUUUUAAAGAAUAAUGGGCAAAUGUUGCACAAUCCAGGUGUGGAACGCUCUAAGAGACUUACCCAAAAAGACUCACAGCUGUAAUCGCUGCCAAAGGUGCUUCUACAAAGUAUUGAAUCAGGGUUGUGAAUACUUAUGUAUUUCAUUUUCAUUAAAUUUGCUAAAAUGUCUAAAAACAUGUUGUCAUUAUGGGGUAUUGUGUGUAGAUGGGCAAGAAAAUGUGGAAUAAGUCAACGGGUAUGAAUAAAUUCUGAAGACACUGUAAAUACCCACAGGACACCUCUUGAUUAACUAAUCUGUAUUUGUUUAAAGAUUUCUCUAAACUCUCAAAUAAUGAAGUGUGUCAUUCUCACACAGCUUGAAUGACACUGUUUGAGCCAGAUAAAAGGAAUAUCAAUGAUGAACCUUUCUGUAAUGUCAAACAUUGAUGGGCGCUUUUUCAUUACCUAUGGAUUUAGUUUGAAUAGAUAUUACUUAUUUUUCCUGUCACUAUCUGGGCAAGUGGCAAAGUCAUAAACCCUGACUAUUUUUAAAAUGUCUGUUCUUAUUAUCUAAUUUUAAACCUAACCAUAACCACGCUGCUAACCUUAUGUUUAACCCUAACCUUAACCACACUGCUAACCUUAUGUCUAAACCUAACCUUACCCUAACCUUAACCACACUGCUAACCUUAUGUCUAACCCUAACCUUACAUUUUUGUUUUCAAAAUGUUUUACGAUGUAUCUAACUUUGACUUUGCCACAUUUAGUGGGAACCAAUAUUUCCUCUACUGCAUCCCUAUCUAUGUGUUCCACAUAUCUCAUCACUUGCAUAUCACCAUUUCUAGGCCUGGGAUUGGAUGCUGCCAACCUUCCUCCCCAGAUGAGCUUCUCUGAUUGGCCAGAGCUGAGGCAGAUCUUCACUAAGCAGUUUGCCACUAAGACACAGGAGGAGUGGGGUUGCGUGUUUGACGGAACGGACGCUUGUGUGACUCCUGUUCUCUCUAUGGACGAAGUGAUCUCCCACCCCCAUAACCAGGAGAGGGCCUCCUUCCACAGGGACGCCCAGGGGGAGGUGACUCCGAGCCCCGCACCUGUCCUGUCCCGCACCCCUGCUGACCCCUGCCUGGCUCGGGACCCCCUUAUAGGGGAACACACAUGCCCCGUUCUGGAGGAGUUUGGCUUCAAACUAGCAGAGGUAGAUCAGUUGCUCUCAGCUGGUAUUAUUGAGUGUAACACAGCCAAAGCACGGUUGUAG